AUGAAUGUAACAAAUCAAUCUAUAGUUUCUGAAUUUGUGUUGAUGGGACUCACCAAUUCUUGGGUAAUGCAACUCCUUCUCUUUGUAUUCUCCUUGGUGUUCUGUUUGGCAAGCAUGCUGGGAAACAGCCUGAUUGUGCUCACAGUGGCCACAGACCCUCACCUGCAAUCCCCCAUGUACUUCUUCCUGGCCCACCUCUCCUUCAUUGACAUUAUGGAUUCCUGCAUUGGGACUCCCAGGAUGCUGACUGACCUUUUCAGGAAGCAGAAACUCAUUUCCUUUGGAGGCUGCGUUUCUCAGAUCUUCUUUAUUCAUGCUGUGGGGGCCACCGAAAUGGUGCUCCUCAUAGCCAUGGCCUUUGACCGCUACAUUGCCAUAUGUAAGCCUCUCCACUACCUGACCAUUAUGAACCUAAGAGUGUGCGUAUCUAUUGUGAUAACCUCCUGGACAAUUGGCAUCUCCCACUCCAUCAUCCAGUUGGCUUUUGUGAUCAAGUUGCCCUUCUGUGGCCCUAACAAAAUAGACAGCUUUUACUGUGAUCUCCCUCGGUUCAUUAGACUUGUAACUUCAGAGUUGGUCCUACUGAAUGAGUCAAUGGACGGAGUCAAUCGUUCUGUGGUUUAUGAGUUUGUAUUAAUGGGACUCACCAAUUCUUGGGGACUGCAACUUUUUCUCUUUCUAUUCUCUUCUAUAUUCUAUACAGCAAGCAUGCUAGGGAACUUCCUCAUUGUGAUUACAGUGAUCUCAGUUUAA